UCGGUUAUCAGUUAGAAAAAUCCCCGCGCGAGUUGUUCACAGCUUAGGAGCAAAGCUAUGCCCGCCUUAUCGUAACAUACGAAGGAGACCGAUAUUCUCAAAGCACACCCUAAAGGCCAUACUUCACAGCCAUCAUCCUUCAUCGCUCACACUCCUUCGUCACAGUCACAGAGCUACUCGUCACCACCACCACCACCAGCCAUGGAUCCCAACCCUGGAAGCUUCCCUCUUCUCUCCUCCUUCAUAUCCCGUCUCCCUCCUCUCGCUCCCACUGCCUCUUCCAAUCCUGAGCCCUACGAUAUCGAACAGCCCCGCCUCCCUUCACCCUCCGAUCCCUCUUCCUCGUCCUCUUCUGGUAUAAAAAAUCCUGAACUUGUUGCCCAGAUGCCCCGCAUCACUGACCCAAAACUGUUGGCUUCCAUUACCCGUACCAUCUACGACGUCGCUCAGACCCGAUCCAUGCUCAAGGUCCUCGGCGACCGACCGGACCAUGAAACCGUCGACAAUGCCAAGGCCAAGCUCGCUGAUUUGGACGCUCAUUUGUCCAGACAGCUCGAGGAGAUCGUGCUCUCGCCUAGGCCUCCUCACCUCGACACCAAUCAAUGGCGGAGUCAGCAGGCCGAGAAAGAGAAGGAGUGCAGGAAAUUAGCAGAGGAUGAGAAGCGAGUGUAUAAAGCAGUGAUACAAUUGGAUGAGAUGCACGAUGCGUAUGAGAAGUUGCUCAAGGACGCGGAGAAAAGAUUGGAAGCGAUUUACAAUUCCGCCGACGGAAUACCAGAUCCCGAGGAAGACAAGACGGAGACAGAGGAGGUCAACGAAGAGGUGGUUGGGAUUCUGCAGAAGGCCUAUGGACAGGGGAUAGAGCGAAUUGAUCUUUCGAAUCGCGGCCUGAGGUUGCUUCCCGAGGCCUUUUGGCGGAUUUCGGGGUUGGUGGCGCUUGAUGUUUCCACCAACCAGCUGACGUCGAUUCCUGACGCGGUAGCCGGAUUGCAAAAUCUUGAGGAGCUUAACUUAUCUGCAAAUCAUUUGGAGUCACUUCCGGAUUCAAUUGGCUUGCUACAGAAGCUGAAAAUCCUAAAUGUCUCCGGAAACAAACUGACCGCCCUUCCUGACUCCAUCUCCCAUUGCAGGUCAUUAGUGGAGUUGGAUGCUAGCUUCAACAGUCUGAGGUAUUUGCCUACAAAUAUUGGGUAUGAAUUACAGAACUUAAAGAAGCUGUUGAUUAAUCUGAACAAGCUUCGGUCGCUUCCCUCAUCUGUUUGUGAGAUGAGAUCGUUGCGCUAUCUAGAUGCCCAUUUCAAUGAGCUGAAUGGACUUCCAAGCGCAUUCGGAAGAUUGACUAACCUUGAGGUGCUGGACCUGAGCAGUAAUUUCGCGGACCUUCAAGAACUUCCUGCGACAUUUUGUGAUCUGAUUAAUCUCAUGGAGUUGGACCUCAGCAACAAUCAGAUCAGCGCGCUUCCAGAUACAUUUGGUCGCCUGGAAAAUCUGAGGAAACUCAACUUGGAGCAGAACCCUGUGGAAGUGCCACCAAAAGAGGUUGUGAGGCUAGGAGCUCAAGCCGUGAGGAAUUACAUGACAACGAGGUUGGUGAACAUACUAAACGAGGAAGAAAGAAACAGGGUGGCGAUGCAAGAACAGGCCCAGAUGGGGUGGUUAACGCGAAGCACCUCCUGGUUGAAGAGCGUCUCCGAGAACGUUGCAGAGUAUGUCACGUCGCCUAAGACUCCCAAACAGGCUUAUCUUAACGAGCAGCUAUAAAGCGAAGGUCCUAUAAGUUGGUCUCAUGACCCUUGCUUCCGAUUCCUGUCUGCCUGACGACAGAUAAUCUUUUCGGUCUUAAAUUAUAUUUUUGGAUGCUCUAAUUUAGGUGUAUUUUUCAAGGUGACAGUGCCAGAGUAAUCAUGGUAUUUUCGCAAUGUUAUUUACAUUUAUCCUUGCUGCAUUUUCACUGAUGUCAACUUCAUUUGGGGACUCCAACUAAUAAUUUCCUCCUAAGAUGGGGUCGAGUCGAUUGUGCAA